AUGCCUUCAAAGCCGCGUAUCUAUCUAAUGUAUAUGCUCAGUGUAUACUCUGUGAGUGUAGCUGGCCAAUUCAAUGUCUCUCAGCCAAAACCAAUGCCAGAAGGCCUCCCGGCUAUUAAUUGGGAUAUUCUACAAAUGGAUCCGGCCACUCGAGAAAAUCUGUGCCAAAGACAGACGGCUUAUUGUGCGAAUAAUUGUGGCGGGCCAACCGAAGCACCGAAAAAUUUUUGCAAUGUAACUUCCAUGGCAUGGAACUGUGGUUGUUCGAAAAAAGUACCUGAUUUUUCUCCCUAUCUAUGGCCAAUUGUACAAGCCGAAUGUUCAGGAAGAUCUCAGGCUUGUCAGCGAGAAUGUAACGAGCAACAACAGCACCAGACAGGAAACCCCAACUGUGCUGUAUUGUGCAAUGAUUAUUAUACAUGCGAUUCUCCAAAUGCUCCGCCUAGUUAUUUGCAGACGGAUAGCUCGUCUGAUACUCCUUCUUAUAAUGGACCCAAGAAAGUGGUUACUACGACACCUCAGAACAACUCGACCAAAAAUGCGAACCAGCAACAGACUCAACAGGGAGAAGGCACGGGUCAAGUCGCGAUAACCUGGUGGCUGAUAUUUGGCAUGAUUAGUAUGAUUAUUUUCUCGUAA